AUGGAUCUCUACAGCCACGCGUCGGGCAAAAUUGAGGGCACGCUGCAGGCUUUCCUCUCUUUUUGGUGUCACCAGCUUCGUACGCUAACGUUGUCCUACUUCAUCUUUAAUUUUGCCAUUGAAUAUGUCCAACGAGCAUUGAAGAGCUCCAUAUCUAUGGUAUUGAGCUUCUCCCAGGUGACAGUCGCGGACUUGGACUACGUCGGUAGUGUCGCUUUGCUUGGGGACGAUUCACAAGCCGUCCAGAGCGCUCUGAAUUGCCUAGCGAUGGAUGCGUCUAAGUAUGACCUGUAUUCCACUCCAGACAAAUGUAAAAUACUAUUCCUGCACUGGCAGUUAUCUGUUCCUGCCCUCUCCAUUGCUGGUGAAGUCUUGGAACAAAGGCUGUGCGUCGGUCAUCUAGAGAGUUGCACCACAGCUGGCGGCGGCCUUGCAGAUAAGACCUUACAACGGAUCGCAAAGGCUAGGUCUCUUAAGCUUCCACUUAUUUCACGCCCAGCAAUCACUUUCGGCGAAUGAGUCGUUUUUUAAUGAGCCUUGGGAAUGGUGUUAAUUGGUAUAUGUACACUGGACGGUCAACCGCUGCAUCCUAAA